AUGUGCCGUCAUGACGAUGGGAUGGUUUUGAGCGUUACAGCAACACUCGGCGAGCAGCCCCGGGGCCCGGGCCCCCCUUGUGCGGCAUGGGCAGUGCGACGUCGGCAGUCACUGUAUGGUUGUAUGCCGGCUCGACAUUCGCCGGGAACCACCUCAAUCAGCCUUUGGAUCAAAUUCUCCUGCAAGAUGAUCUUCACGAUCGAUGAUUUGGAAAUACUUUUUCCAUACGACAAGAUUUAUCCCGAACAAUAUGCCUAUAUGUGUGAUCUGAAGCGAACGCUGGACCUGGGAGGCCAUUGCGUGUUGGAGAUGCCAUCCGGGACGGGAAAGACGAUCUCACUGCUCUCGCUGAUCGUCGCCUAUCAACUGUAUUACCCCGAACGACGCAAGUUGGUAUAUUGCUCGCGAACGGUGCCGGAGAUCGAGAAGGCGCUGAUCGAGCUCAAACGACUCAUGGCCUAUCGUGCCGCCCAACAUCGUCUUCGCGCCGGUCUCACCGACAAUUCUGCUCCCACUAAUGAAGACGAUUUUUUAGGCGUCGGUCUCACGAGUCGAAAGAACCUAUGCAUACAUCCUCAGGUCUCUCGUGAAAAAAAGGGCAAAGUGGUCGAUGCGCGUUGUCGUGAUUUAACUUCUGCAUGGGCAUGUGAAAAAGGACGAGCUGAUCCAGGCAGUGUGCCCUUGUGCGAUUUUCAUGAAAAACUCGGAGAACUUGAGCCUGGGAAUCUUAUCCCGCGAGGAGUUUGGACACUAGAGGAAAUCACAGCUUAUGGUCAUCAACACGGCAUAUGUCCUUAUUUUGCAGUCCGUCGAAUGCUUGCCCAUGCAGACAUUAUCAUCUACUCCUUCCAUUACUUGUUGGACCCCAAGGUGGCCACGCAAGUCUCCAAAGAGCUUCUACCGAACUCGAUCGUCGUCUUCGACGAGGCCCACAACAUCGAUAACGUCUGCAUCGAGUCUCUUUCCAUCGAUCUCACCAAGGGCAUGCUCGAUAAUGCGGGGAAAAGUAUUGGUGCUUUGGACGAGAAGAUCCGCGAGAUCAAGCGGACUGAUGCUAGCAAGUUACAGAAUGAGUACGAACGCUUGGUCAGAGGGCUCGGCCAGUCUGAGAACACAUUCGAAUCGGAAGAAGAGGCUGCCAUUCUUGGAAAUCCAGUCCUCCCAGAAGAUCUGCUACAAGAGGCCGUGCCUGGAAAUAUUCGACGAGCGGAACAUUUUACUGCCUUUCUUACUCGGUUUGUGGAGUACCUCAAGACAAGGAUGCGAGUGUUACACGUGGUUGCCGAAACUCCACCGUCGUUUCUCCAGCAUGUUAAAGAUCUAACAUAUAUCGACCGGAAGCCGCUGAGGUUCUGUGCCGAUCGACUUACUAGUCUGAUCCGGACGCUUGAGUUAACCGACUUAGAUCAGUACAACGCCCUCCAAAAGGUGGCCAGUUUCGCGACGCUUGUGGCCACAUACGAAAAAGGAUUUCUAUUAAUCUUGGAACCCUUCGAAACUGAAAAUGCGACAGUACCCAAUCCAGUCUUUCAUUCUGACGUAGUCUUUUAUGUUUUGUUGGGGACCAACCCGUUCUUUGAGGGGUUUAGCAGUGUGAUCAUCCCUUGGGGUCCCAUCAGUCCGCGGGAGAUGUAUCCCAAAAUGCUGGGUUUUGGGGCUACUGUCCGGGAUUCCUACUCAAUGACUCUCCCCAGGAACUUUUUCCUCCCUUUGGGGAUUACGAGGGGAAGUGAUCAGGGGGGGAUUUUUUGGGGGUUUGAAUUCCAAAAUGACCCAUCUGUGGUUCGAAACUUUGGGACAAUCCUGAUCGAGUACUGCAAGAUCGUCCCUGAUGGGAUCGUGGCCUUUUUCCCCUCCUACCUUUACAUGGAGUCAAUUGUGGCUGCAUGGCAUGACAUGGGCAUCCUGAAGGAAGUUUGGAAGUACAAGCUGAUAUUUGUGGAAACGCCAGACGCGGUUGAAACAAGUAUCGCCUUGGAAAACUAUCGGCGGGCGUGUGAUAAUGGCAAGGGGGCAGUCCUUCUCUCCGUCGCGCGAGGUAAAGUCUCCGAAGGGAUCGAUUUCGAUCAUAACUAUGGGCGAGCAGUCAUCAUGUUUGGGAUUCCCUAUCAAUACACCGAGAGUCGAAUCUUGAAGGCCCGUUUGGAAUUCCUCCGGGAUAACUACCGAAUUCGGGAAAACGACUACUUGACAUUCGAUGCGAUGAGACAUGCUGCUCAAUGUGUCGGAAGAGUCUUGAGAGGGAAGACAGAUUAUGGAUUGAUGGUAUUUGCUGACAAGCGGUUUGCGAGAGCUGAUAAACGAGCUCAAGCUGCCGAAAUGGAUCAACUCGUACAUUACGGAUACGGCGUCUAAUCUAUCUACGGAUAUGGCGAUGGUAAUCUCAAAAAGGUUCUUGCGCUCGAUGGCCCAGCCUUUCGAGAUAGGACAGGAUGGGAUCAGUUUAUGGGGGUUGGAGGAUAUCCAACGUCGGCAAGCCCAACAACGUCAGGCGGAUGCCGGUGCGAUGGCCGAUGUGAAUAUGCGGUCCACUCAGGCUGAUGGGGAUGAUGAUGAUGACGAUGAGGAUUACUUUGGUGGACUUGAGGACCAGGCUUUGUUGGAUAUGAGACUCGGUCCCGCUAUCACCACCGCCGGAUGAACAGCCCAUCGUUGCUCCCUAUGAAUCUGCUCCACUAAACCCUCAAUCACCCCUCACAAGAGAUGCAACACCAUUACCUGUCAGUAGCUAUUCGACAUCCCUUCGCAUCGAUCGACUAUUCACUGAAUUCGACAGCCUCCUCACUUCUCCGUCGAUUGGAAAUUAUUUAUGUCUCACAGAUAUCAUUUCUUUCAUGAAAACCUUGUCAUUGUAAUUGGUCUUUCUUUUUUUUUCCGGAUGUGGUGAUAUUAAUCCAUGUACCAAGUCUAAUGCAAUCGGUUCGGGGUGAAGGUGUUGGAUGUGAUGAGUCUGCGUCUAUACUCACUGUCUCUCCGGAUCAUGAGGUAUAAUGUAUGCUUGUAGUUGAAGAUUUCAACAGCGGAGUGUUCUCGAGUGAGGUUUUAGGGCUUGAUGCUAGAGUGCUUGUGAUGAUGUAUUGUAAAUGAUUAUGAAUACACCAAACGUACAUGUGCGUUGGUGGUGUGGGCUUGGUUGGGAGUGUAUGGUGGUGAAUAAUGAGCGAGGUGGUUGUUUCUUUGGACGGUGUGAGUAUUUUGAUUGAACCCUUCAAUCUUCAUGGGGUCUCUCCUUCUCUUGCUUUAGCUCGGCCACCCCAACAGCACAAGUCCCUUCUUCCCAAUCCUCAAUCAAUCAAUCAAUCCAAAAAAAAUAAACAAUCACUCC